ACACAACAUUACAUUUCAUUUUGUGAUUUGAAUGAAUCGUCUUCAUUGGGUUCAGUUCAGCUCACUUUUCUUCUUUUCACGUUAUUGUGAAUAUGUUUCACACAUUACUUGUGUUGUGUUUCUGCUCGUGUCUGAUUGGUUUGUUUGGUGAUGAAGUGAAGUCAGUGUCAGUGAUGGAGGGAGAAUCUGUUACUCUACAUACUGAUGUCACUCACAGACAGACACAUGUUGAGAUCGAGUGGAGGUUUGGAGUAAACGGUCCUGUCAUCGCCAGAAUCAAGAGAUCAGUCAACAUUAAUCCCACAUAUAAUGAGACUAUAGAGAUAUUCAGAGAAAGACUGAAGAUGAACAAUCAGACUGGAGAUCUCACCAUCACAAACAUCACAUCUCAACACUCUGGACUUUAUCGUAUCAAUAUUCCUGGGGAACAAAAGGACACAAUCAAGAGAUUCAAUCUUACUGUUAAUGCAGCAGAUGUCCAUACUGAAGGAGGAACACAUUUAGUUUAUAUCAUUCCUCUCUCUUGUGCUGCUGUUGGUUGUGUGAUGAUUCUAUCUGCACUUCUGAUGUUCUUCAUCCGCAGAAAACACACAAACACACGUCAACAACAACAACAACAACCACAACAAGUUACAGAUCAGACUCGUGAAGACCAGAUCACGUAUGCUGAUCCAACAUUCUACAAACAACAUGCACAGAACAGACGAGGUCAAGAAGAGGAUGAUGUGGUGUAUGCAGGUGUGGUCACAAGACGCUGAUCAUUCUCUCAAAUAUAAAGAAUGUUAUCAUCACAGUUACUAUGAGUUUGUUUACUAAUCAUUUCGUUGAAAUAUGAUUUUAUCUGUGAAUUGAGUUUUUUCUUCUACGAUUAUUGUCUUUGUAUUGUAUUGUCACUAAUUUUCACAAUUUGAUUUUGCUGUAAGUUUUAAGUUAUUAAAAAAUAACUUUUAUAGAAGUACAAUAAGUAAUGUUUCAUAAAUUGAAAUAUCAUUAAAAUGUAGAUAAAUUACUUCUUUUGAAUGAUCAAAAUGUCAUGUACUCGUACAAAACAGAUGAAGGAGUCUUACGUGUGUUUCAAGUCAUAUGCUGAAGUUGUUUACAACAUUAAACUCAGAUCACUGGAUCAUCAUUUAUUAGCACCACUGUUGAACAUUUGUACAUGAAGUGGUUGACUGGAAAUAAAUUGAAUAAAAUGUGAAGAGAGAGCAGA